AUCAUUACGUCUUUUGAAAGUGCAGAUAUAUUUCUUUCUGUGUUUCGUCACUACUGAUCUCUACUACUAUAAUCCCAAAACAGUGACCUAAAUUGAAUAAGAACUAAGCCUUGAAAGUCUUUUAAGUCUAUACGUACGUACAUAUUAGCAAUGUAGGUUUGUUGAAUAUUUUCUUUUUGCCUCCACUGGCUUGCUUCAAAAAAGAAAUAAUUUGCCAAGCUAAUAAUGUCAUAGAUAAACGAAUGCUCGAUCGUGUGAACAAUCUGUUGUACUCGUCCCUUCAGUAUUUGCUCUUGCUUUUGGCUUUUGUAACGAAUCCAGCGAUUCCGCCGAUACAUUGACAAAUACACAUUUCUCAUGAAUCUGUCAAAUAAAGGAUGUUUUCUCGACGACUCCUGAAUUGCAAAUCCUCUGAGGCUCAAGUGACAAGUAUUCUGAUAUUGCUUCUGAUUCAAUUGAGCCUAGUGGGGCCAACUCUCGGACAAAAUUACCAUGUGACGUACGACAAAAGUGGGACUGAAAUAAACCGUUCACCUUUGGAUGUCUAUUGCUAUCAAUUCACUUGGGUAGGACCCAUUGAAGAGGAUUACAACAAAACCAAGUCUUGCGAACAAGUCGAAUUGAAUGAUGCUAUUCCCGGAUCUCCUUGCUUCGAGCCCCUAGUUUGGACCAUAGGACCCAAUCGAAUGAAUGGCCCCGAUUUAGAAGAGCUAGAGCGGUUGUGCCGCGAAGAAGGCAAUUCUGAUGGCAGACCUUGCUUUCCAUUUUGUCGGAAAGAUGACGGAGAUUCGUGUGUGACAAUGACUUACACCCAAAGAGAUGUCUACAAAACCAUUCGCUAUCAAAGCCAUUUUUGCGGCAGAGGGGUGGACCCCUCCAAUCAGUUCAAAGCCUUGGAAGACAGCUGUCACGUCCAAUAUUCCAGAGACGAUUUCGACGUGAGUGCAUGUUUCUGCCAAACCCAUAAAUGCAAUGGAAGUCCUUGGAACGUGUCGCCACUUUCAUACAGUUAUAUGCAAGUGAUAGCUGCUUUAGUCCUCUUCCGCCCUUGGGUUCAAGUGGACGGGGUCUUUUGAGUUUCUCUUAACUUUCAAAAUCUGUGAUUGCCAAAGUCAUCAAGUUUGGCUGAAUGGAAAAAAACCUAUCUAUUUAUUUCUGAGGAGAAUAAAUCAACAAAGUCAAUUAGAUUAAAAUAUACAGUUUUUAAUGAAUGAAUGGAUGAGAUGUCUGGAGUUAAAUAGAAUGUC